UGGAGAGAAAAUGACAACAAGUCGUGAGGUGCUACUUACAAGCGAGGCCUCAGGCCAGAUGUGGAAUGUAUGUGUAUGGGACUUUCAUUCUUCAACCAGUCUCCUGACGUAUAAAGGGGGAACUUCCGUACCUCAUGGUCUAGCUGUUCUCAACAAUGAUUUCAUCAUCUCAGCCCUCAACACAAAACCAAUCCUCAACAUCUGGUCUCUUCAUAAAAGGGACAAUCAGCAAAUGAAAAUGGUUUGUCCUGGAAGAGUUACUGCCCUUGAUGUAACAACCAAUGGAGAGUACUGCAUCGCAGCUGUGUCAGAAAAAAUCCACAUCUGGCAGGUAUGUACAGGUCAUCUGCUGGCUGUUCUCGGUAGACACUACCAGUGCAUUACCUGUUUACGAUGCUGUGAUGAUGGGUCUUACUUUGUAUCGGGCGGUGAUGACAACAUGGUCAUGGCCUGGUCAUUGGGCAGGGUGUUGUCUGAGGCUGGUGAACACAGUAACAGGCAAGCCCCAGUCCAUGUAUGGUCCCAGCACUCUCUCCCCAUCACAGACAUACAUGUAGGAUUUGGUGGCAGUCGAGCGAGAGUUGUCUCCUCUUCCCUUGAUCAGUCUUGUCGGAUAUGGGACCUAGUAUCAGGAGAGAUGAUUCUCUGUAUUGUGUUUGAUGUCAGUAUAACUUCCACUGUAAUGAACAUGACGGAGAAUAUGGGACCUAGUAUCAGGAGAGAUGAUGGACCUCCCAUCAGAACUGAGAGACACAUACAAAGUGAUACAGACAGCCCAAAUACAACUAUCUACAGUGGUCACAGUAAGCAAGUGACUUGUCUGUCACUUUCAUUGGAUGGCAGUCAACUGGUGUCGGGAUCACAUGACUCUGAUGUGAGAGUUUGGGAUGUACACAGUGGCCAGUGUGUCAAGACAAUUCCACAUAAAGGAGUGAUAACCAAUGCCAGGUUGAUACCAACGCCCCCUGGUGUGAUAUCAGAGAUUAAACGGCCAAUCCUCCCCAUGCAACCCUUCCAACGUUAUCUGUACUGCCCACAGAAGAGUGGAGAAUCAGGAGAAGAUAACUCAUCAGACACUCUCAAUCUUUACAUAAACCAAUUUGAGCAGAUGACAAAGAGGCCAGACGAGGCUAGAUUAUACACAGAAUCAUUACUACAGUCCCGGGGCACUUUUGAUGAAGACACAUCCUACACACAGGAAACUUCUAUAGCAGAGCUGAAACAAGAAAUAGGCCAAUUACAGUCAGCCAACAAAAACCUUUACAAUUUUGCUUUGGAAGAAAUAUUACAAGAGAAAAAUAAACCAUUCUGAUAUAAAUA